AAAUUAAUUUUUAGGUUAUAUUGUAUGCUUUUUGUCAAGUUUAAACGAUUUUAACUGCUAAAACCGUUUAAUAAGCUAUUAAAACAAUGUCUACAAGUAAUAAUGAACUUCUCACACAAAUAUUUAAGUCAUUUUCUUUGGAAAACGACGAAAAUUCGCUUCAAUCACCGCAAAAAGAUCCACUACAUCUACUAAAUGAAGAAACUGAGAAGUUGUUACUCAGCUUAAAUAAAGAACGUGACGAUCUUCUACAACAAAUAAACUAUGUUUCUCAGACUUCUAGUUCUAUAAAAUCUUUGUCAGAGCAUGCAAGAGUACAAUGCCGAGCAAAAAUGAGUAAGUUCAUUGAAAUAGAUGCUUUAAUGAAUACUUCAGAGUAUAAAUUAAAGUAUGCAGACAAUUCCAUUGUCUCCAGUGUUAAAAUGACUGUAGAAUAUUGUGAUAAAUCUGUUGAGGGUUUAAAUGAGGAAGUUAAAGCUUUAGAUGAUUAUAUUGACAGAAUAAAAGAGCAGCAAAUGUUAGCUGUGGGUGUAACUGGUGGUGGAAUGACUAAAGAUGUUAAGAAUAUUGAUAAUGCCACUCUUACAUAUUAUGAGAAUGGGUUGGUGGAUAUUGUAGAGAGUGAUAAUGAACCAAUUGUAAGAAAUGUUGAGAGGAAAGCUAAGUUUAAAACAAAAGAUGAAAGAGAUGAGUAUUUCAGAAGAAUAAAGCUUGAAGAGGAGGAAAAAGAGACUUAAAUGAUGUGUUUUUAAAUAAAACGCUUGUUUUGUAAA